GGCAGAAGGAAAAAUUUCAGAUUUAUUUGGUUGUCACUGCUCUAAUAUAAUAUGUUAAUUUCUUGUUUGUUUUCAAUAUUUUUACUAUUGUUUUAUAACUUAACAUAUUAAUGCAGCUUGCACAACAACUUUAUGAAGGGAUUCAACUGUCAGAUGAUAAGGCAAUGGGUUUAAUAACAUACAUUAGAACAGAUGGACUGCAUAUAUCUGAUGAAGCUGUUAAGGACAUACGCUCCUUGGUUAUGGAAAGAUAUGGUUCAGAUUUUGCUCCAGAAAAUGCACGGAAGUAUUUCAAGAAGGUAAAGAAUGCUCAAGAAGCCCAUGAAGCAAUUAGACCUACUGAUAUUCAACGGUUACCAUCAAUGCUUGUUGAAAUACUUGAAGAAGACUGCUUGAAGUUGUAUUCUCUUAUCUGGGCAAGGACAAUGGCAUGCCAAAUGGAACCUGCAAGCAUAGAGCAGGUACAACUAGAUAUUGGGAACGAUGAUGGAUCCAUUGUUUUCCGUUCUUCAUGCCCAAGAUUAUUGUUUCUUGGGUACCAAGCAGUUUAUCAGGAUGUUGAAGCUGAAGCAAUUGGGGUUAAGGAUAAUGAAGGGACUGAUCGUGCUGAAACUUUUGAAAUUCUUAAUUCUAUGAAGCAAGGGGAUCUGUUAAGUCUUGGUGAAGUAGAACUCAAGAAGCAUUAUACUCAGCCUCCACCACGCUACUCUGAGGGAUCGUUGGUCAGGAAACUGGAGGAGCUUGGGAUUGGAAGACCUUCAACAUAUGCAACUACAUUAAAAGUUUUGCAGGAUAGAAACUAUGUUACGGUAAAAAGUCGCGUUUUGCAUCCAGAAUUCCGUGGUCGCAUGGUUUCAGCAUUUCUCUCUCACCAUUUUUCAGAGGUUACUGACUACAGUUUUACUGCUGACAUGGAGAGCGAGCUUGAUAAUGUUUCGGCUGGAUUAACUGAAUGGAAAGGACUCCUUAAAGAUUAUUGGACACGAUUUAAAUCAUAUUGUAGUCGUACUGAGAGUGUCCAUAUUCAUCAGGUGGAGAAAAUGUUAGAGAAAACAUUUGAAGAUUUCUUGUUUGCUUCUCUCCCUGAUAAAAGUAGGACUUGUCCAAGUUGUAUGGAGGGCACUUUGAUUUUCAAAGUAAGUAGGUUUGGUGCAGGGUACUUCAUAGGAUGUAAUCAACACCCACGUUGCAAGUAUAUUGCUAAGACAUUGUAUGGUGAUGAUGAAGACGAAGAUACCCCCCAAAAGAGUAACACUGUGGAGGAGCCAAAAAUGCUUGGUCUUCAUCCAAGUUCCAAUGAAAAGGUCUUCUUAAAGAGUGGUCCUUAUGGACAUUAUGUGCAGCUUGGUGAAGACAGGACAGGAUACUUGCCAAAAAGAUCCUCUGUCUCCCAUAUAAAGGAUGUUAAUUCAAUCACGCUUGAAGAUGCUCUUGAUCUGCUUCGUUACCCUGUGACAUUGGGAAAUCAUCCAAAAGAUGGGCAGCCAGUGGUUAUGAAGCUUGCCAAGUUUGGAUUUUCUAUUCGCCAUCGACGUACCAUUGCUUCUGUUCCCAAGAAUAUGAAUCCAAAUGAUGUUACCCUAGAGAAAGCAUUGGAGUUUUUGUCAAGUAAAAAUGUAAGACAAUCUGGCCGACCUAAGAACAAACCGAAGGUUGAAGAAGCUAUGGAGGUGCUAUAGCCCUAGCAACCAUGAGGACAUCAAAGCUUUUGCAAUGACUGCUACUAGCAUACAAGCUUCUUUGUCCCUGCCUUUUGCAUCUGGAGAUUAUUUUAACAGCAGAUGAGGGAUGGCAAUGGACUCUGGUAUUGGACCAUCCUUCUUGAUUAUAGAAGAUUUUGGUCCCUACUAAAUGAGUUUGGGAUGUCUUCUUAACUAUUGGGGAUUCAGGGGAUUCGACUGUAAGUUUAGAACAAGCUUCAUAUUUGGCAUAUAGACAUGCUAUUUUUUUAUUAAGAUAGUGCAGAUAUAGGAUACUUGUACAUCGUAAAUUUAUCUUUUUACCCGAAACCAGGGGAAAAAAAGAGUUCUCUAGAAAUGGAAAACUGUAACAUUGGAUAAGACCUUUGUUUGUUAUACAUUUGCAUGAAAUAAUUCACCAUUCUUUGU